UAAAAAUUCCAGAUGCAAAACGACACGUGUCACGACGACAGUGUUCCCAUAUUACUAUAAAAAGCCACCGGCUUCUACUAGUUUCAAAUCAUCCCGAAGCUUCUAUGAGCCCAAAGAUGUCUUCCAAAUACUUGCUAGUGUUUCUUCUUGGAGUGGUGGCUUUCACCACCACAACUCCUUCUCUUGCUGAUAACCAUGACCCAAAGCCACAAAUCUACAAGCCUCCAAUUACCGUACCCCCAAUUUACAAGCCUCCACCAGUUGACAAGCCACCCCACAAUGAACACCAUUUGUUAGAGGUGGAGGGCCAAUUUCCCAAGGGAGAAAAGCCACCUCCAGAGCGCAAUGACCAGCCUCCCCAGGUACAAAAGCCACCACCAGAGCGCAAUGACCAGCCUCCAAAGGGAAAGAAGCCUCCACCAGAGAACAAUGAGCCUCCAAAGGGAAAAAAGCCUCCACCAGAGAACAAUGAGCCUCCUAAGGGACAAAAGCCACCACCAAAGGAGAAACCAGGUGAUGAGCCUCACAAGGAUGAGAAGCCACCACCUGAGCAUCCUGGAGAUGAGCCACCGAGAAAAGGAGAGAAACCACCACCUGAGCAUGAACCAGGACACCCGAGAGAUGAGCCACCAAGAAAAGGAGAGAAGCCACCACCAGAGCACAACGGAAACCCGGGCAACGACGAGCCUCCAAAGGGUGAGAAGCCGCCUCAUCACAAACAAGAAACCAGAACUCGUUUGCUAGAGGAGCCAUUGGAUGGGAAAUUGCCUCCUCAGGGAAAGAAGCCGAAGCCACCCACAAAACCCAAGCCACCAACCCCACUUGAUGAGCACAAGCCAUUCCCAGAGCCCAAGCCAGAACCAAAGCCAGUUGAUCAGCCUCCAAAGGGUGAGAAGCCGCCUCAUCACAUACAAGAAACCAGAACUCGUUUGCUAGAGGAGCCAUUGGAUGGGAAAUUGCCUCCUCAGGGAAAGAAGCCGGAGCCACCAACCCCACUUGAUGAGCACAAGCCAUUCCCAGAGCCCAAGCCAGAGCCCAAGCCCGAACCCAAGCCAGAACCAAAGCCAGUUGAUCAGCCUCCAAAGGGUGAGAAGCCGCCUCAUCACAUACAAGAAACCAGAACUCGUUUGCUAGAGGAGCCAUUGGAUGGGAAAUUGCCUCCUCAGGGAAAGAAGCCGAAGCCACCCACAAAACCCAAGCCACCAACCCCACUUGAUGAGCACAAGCCAUUCCCAGAGCCCAAGCCAGAGCCUAAGCCAGAGCCCAAGCCAGAGCCUAAGCCAGAGCCCAAGCCAGAACCAAAGCCAGUUGAUCAGCCUCCAAAGGGUGAGAAACCGCCUCAUCAAAAACAAGAAACCAGAACUCGUUUGCUAGAGGAGCCAUUGGAUGGGAAAUUGCCUCCUCAGGGAAAGAAGCCGAAGCCACCCACAAAACCCAAGCCACCAACCCCACUUGAUGAGCACAAGCCAUUCCCAGAGCCCAAGCCAGAGCCCAAGCCAGUUGAUCAGCCUCCUAAGGGCAAGGGAGACAAGCCACCUCAUCACGAUCGCCAUCUUGAACAGAAUGUGGUGGAGGGUGGAAGAGACCCAUCAAAGCCACCGAGGAAACUAAAGCCCCCAACUGGCCCUGUCAAGCCACCUCACAAACUUCCAUUUCCCAACUGAAACUGAUCAUGCAUGCAUGAAUGACUAGCUCUGAUCAUGCAUGCAUGAAUGACUAGCUUCCUAAGUUCAUGUCAUUACGUAGAAUAAGAGAUGUGUUAUGUGUGUUUAAUUUCUUGUAAUGUCACUGUGAUGUACGGAUCGGUUUCGACUAUAGCAGUAGUACUGUGCUCUUCUCAUGUAAAGCAUCCGGUGUCAUUUGUGUUAUUAUUAUAUAUAAACUACGCUUUUCUUCCCCUUUUAA